AUGCCAUUAAAAAGUAUGUCUCGAUAAAUUAGGAUUUUUAAAUACUCAUCUUCACCAAUACGAAAAUUAUUUUUUCAUUAUGAAACUAUGAUAGGAAUAUAUAAAAUCGGAUUUAUGGGGGAGUUAAGAUUUAUUUUUUGGAAGAAAAGAUAAUUAACAGCAUAUUUAUUAGAUGGUCAACCUGUUAAAUAAUCAUUAAAUCAAUUUUCUAAUUUUAGUGUUAAGACUUCCUUAUUCUAAGAAUUUAUUAGCAAAUUCUUCUUAAAGAACACGAAGAAAGAAUGUGUUGGCAUUACAUCGCUAUUUGUAAGAAAUUAUUACAUAGUUAUAGUGAUUAAAGAAGAUUCAGUAGUAGAUUAAGGCAUAUUGCCGAAUAUAGGAAUCUUGUUGUUAUGUCUGAAUAGAAAAGAAGAUGUGACAAUUAAUUUAUACUAACUAUUUAAAGAUGAAAGGAUUUGUACCUUCUAAAUACUUAAAGCUAUAAGACUCAUUCGAAAGUUAUUAUGCUUGAAGUGA